UGCUGUGGCGCGUGACCGGAGGAGGCGGGAGCUCAGGACCGGCGCCUUCUCCUUGCUUCUGGGGUCGUGGCCUUGCUCCCGCUGUGCGGGAAAAGAAUCCAGGCCCUUCUACGCGCGUGUGGGCGCGGGGGCCUCGAAGUGCUCGUGGUGCCGCGCUAGGUCUCCGCUGGGGCAGGAACCGGAGCCAUGGGUGGGACCACCAGCACCCGCCGGGUCACCUUCGAGGCGGACGAGAAUGAGAACAUCACUGUGGUGAAGGGCAUCCGGCUUUCGGAAAAUGUGAUUGAUCGAAUGAAGGAAUCCUCUCCAUCUGGUUCGAAGUCUCAGCGGUAUUCUGGUGCUUAUGGUGCCUCAGUUUCUGAUGAAGAAUUGAAAAGAAGAGUAGCUGAGGAGCUGGCAUUGGAGCAAGCCAGGAAAGAAUCUGAAGAUCAGAAACGACUAAAGCAAGCCAAAGAGCUGGACCGAGAGAGGGCUGCUGCCAAUGAGCAGUUAACCAGAGCCAUCCUUCGGGAGAGGAUAUCUAGCGAGGAGGAACGCGCUAAGGCAAAGCACCUGAUAAAAGUGGAGCUGCUCUGGGUGAAACCUGGAGUGUUGACUGCUUAGCCUCCACUUCAGCCUUCCUAGAAACCCAGAUGUUACUCCUCAGAACCUUUAGUCCUCAUUGGACCACAGUUGGGAACUCCCUGGACAGGGAAAAUGGGACCACGGAAUGGAGAACUUUGAAUGCAAGAGUGAGGGGGAUUUUCCUAGUUCAAUAGGCAAUUGGGAAACAAUAAAACUUUCUAAGAAGAAGGCCAAUUUCUAGUCUCUCCCAUUCUUUACCUUAGUCACUUCUCUGAAAGACCAACCCAUGACCAGCUGCAAACAGAGAACAUGAAAGGAAGUCCAUGCCUAAUGAAUCAGUUUCUUCAGUGACAAAUCUGGGGUCCAGGUUGCAUGGGCAAAUAGUGAAGCCAGAAUAGAGGUGGUAGACCAAGAAAGAAAUGUCAGUGGACUGACUGGCAGCUGCCCUGAGAACAGUACAUAUAUUGAGUGGAACAAAGGGAAUAAGAGAGGUGGAGGCAAAGUCAGUCAUUGUGAAAGGGGAAUAAUUUCAGAAUUAAAGACAAUAAGUUUUGAAUAACUCAACUGAAAAUUAAAUUUGUUGUACAUCUAAGCUGAAGGAUUUUUUGAGGAAGCUGAAAAAAUGUCAGGUCAGUGGGUUGAAAGGUCAUUUCUAUGUAUAUUAAAGUCUCCAAAUUUGGAAGCUAAGGAUGUAGUGGAGGAGGUUAAUAGUGCUCAUGUUUGAGAAAGGUACGAGAGCAAAACUCUUAGUUUCCAGCGGGCAGCCGAAUACCUUGGUUGGCAUUUCUCUUUGUCUCCCAGCUUUUACUCUUUUGAAUCUUAUCUUUGAAGCAUUCUUUCUCUACCUCUUUUUGCCUGAAUUUGGACAUACUGCCUUGUUCUCUUAGUUUAUGGAGACCGGCAAGAUUCAAAAACUCAAAAAACUCAUUAAAUAUAUACACACACUCAGCAAGACAUAAAAAGAGAUUUCACAAAAAAAUGUGAAAGUAUCAAAAGAUUUGUUACUCAACAUAACUAAAAUAUUAAGCAACGUGUUUUGAUUGGAAUAGCAUAUCUGCAGUCUGUUCUGUUUUACGUAAUGAAUCUUGUCUAUUGUCUGUCUUUACUGCUUUGUGUAGCUGGUGAAGCAUGAGAAACUGGCCUCGUACAUUCUGAUUUGUAGAUCUCUUCUUUACAGAUUCUGGUUGUGUAGUAUAGAUGACAAAUUAUAGUACUCACAACUCCUGUAUUUCAGCAUCUGUUGUAAUAUUGGCUAAAUAGAGCCCUCAAAGCACUUAGGGAAUAAAAGUGGAAUUUAUGCCACAGGAAGACAGCUGAUUGAGAGAGUCCCUUCCUUCCCAGAGUGUUGUCAGACAUUUGCAUGGUCUGCCAUGGCCACUUCCCAGAGUGUUGUCAGACAUUUGCAUGGUCUGCCAUGCAACAUGGCUGCCAGUGACAUUUAGUUAUUGGGCAAUUCCCAAUUUAUUUACCAGAUUUCUCCCUUUAUUGUUGUUAUUUGUUAUUAUGGAAGACAUACAUAUUCAUUGGAUCAAGAUUAGAAAAUAAAUACAAAGAGAUACUAAAAUCACUCAAUGUACUACAAUUCAGAGAUAGUUACUGUUAACAUUUUGGUUUAUUGUUUUUAUAUUCCUUUUUACUUCCCACUAAGUUGGUAUGAAACAUUUGAUUUUAUGUGUAUAACUGUAUUUCUCCAAACAUAGAUAAUAGUAUAUGCUCUUUUGUAUAACUGUUACAAUAACCUUCACAUUAAAACAUUUAGGCCAUGUGG